CGUUGUGUUGCGCAGCGAAGGUGCAGCGUUAGAGGAGGAGGAGGAGCAGAUGAGCGAGAGGGACGGAAGGCCCAGGAAGGAAGCAAAGGGUCGCCAGGACAGGGUGAGAAGCGGGUUCGUGUUGAGGGGGCGCUCGUGUCCGCGUAGAAGCUAGUAGUCACAUGGCAGAAAUGCUACGUUGCCGCGUUAUGGUGCCAUGCUCAAAAGCACUGGAUUGCCAGUGGCACAAUCCAGUAUGCGAACAUUCAGCGGUUCAAGAAGUGGAAGAAGAAGAAGAAUCAGAGGCUGGUGAUAACUCCACUCUGGCUUCUGUCUCUGCUGACACUUGAGAACGAGCGGAAGUGUUGACACAGAAAGUCGCAUCGUAGAUUCUUGAACUCGAAUUCUGAAUUUUCUGUCGCAGAUUCAGCGAUCCCAGCUCGAAUUGUAGAUUCGUCGGAGUGUUUCGGUGGUUGGACAGGCAGGUCAGAGGGCAGAGCAGUGAGUAGACGCACAGAUAGGAGCGCCGCCGCAGCAGCAGGAGCAAAAGAAGAAGAAGAAGAACAAGCUGAUUGUUACUCCGACAGACAGUCGAUAGGGUAGCGGUGUCAAAGGGAAAUCCACCGGGUAGAGGAAUUUGACAACCGCGAAUGAGUCGUACAUGAGAGUAGAGCGAACGGCGACUCAGGAAGAGCCUCGUUGGUACUUGCCCAUUGCCCGGGCACCCUCUGAGACCAACACCUAACACCAGAACAGCGCUGCAGCCUUCGCUGCUGCGCAAGGAUUUUUCCUCUGGAGCAAACAACAAUUCUCAACCGGAUAAUGGCAGAGCUCAACACCACGCUCUGGGACCUUCUCCAGACCAUUCAAUGGUCCUACGCUGCGCUCUGGACCCUGACCCCCGAUCGAAGGAUGCUCAAGUGGCAGGAAGGGUGGUUCAACCUGAAAGCGGCGGGAGACAGCAAUGGAAGCGACUCAGAUAAUAAGAAUGCAGAGCUUUUCUACUUCCUAUACAAUCAGUUGACAUUUGCCCCGGGCGUCGGGUUUGCAGGUCAUGCUCUCCAACAUAUGGGCGACAGAAUUCUCUGGUUGGCUGGAGAUAUGGCUUUGGGUAGCAUUCCCAAUCCAGUUGAGAAGCAGAGCUUUUUCAUAAAGGCAGCUGGAAUCCAGACCACAAUCUGCAUCCCGUUGGAGGACAAGGUGUUGGAGCUCGGCACGAUCAACUUGGUUCCGGAAAAUGAUGAAAUAGCUCACUGCAUCAAGAAGAUUAUGUACAGCCUUUUGGACCGCUACUUGAAGAAGCCUGAGCCUUGCCACUUCCCCGACAUUCAGUUCGGGCUGGAAAUGAACAAUUUAACCCCGACAUCGUCCGGAGCUGGGCCAUCGAUGGUGAUACCACUUCCGAAUGAUUUCUCCUCGCUGUCAUCGAAACCAAUGAAUCUGAUGGCUAUGAACUUGCCCACAGUUUACGACGACCUGGAUGCGAGCUACAUUGUGCCGCCAGUGGCAAUGUCUGCUCCAGAAUUGAUGCAGAGCCGAUUAUCUUGGACUCCAGAGCAACUGUCGAUGCCAUUGGGUCACAAUGACUUGGACAUAUGGAGCACAGCAUCCACUUUAGCGGCACUGCAAUCUCAUGGGAUUUCUACCUCGUCCGCAUCAUCGACCCUCAUGGUGGACCAUAUCGAACAGGCUCUUCCAGGGUUCACAUUGCCAAUGCCGUUCAUCGAGAGCGACGUGACAUUAUUGGCACCUUCUCCUUCCCCUCCUAUAGUAGAAGCCACCACAUCGCUCCGUGAUCGGUCGUCCUCCAGGAGCUCCCUUCGAUCCGGAGCACACCUCGAAGACAAUGAGAUUUCCUCGGUUGCCAAAGUGUACGCGGAUUGUCAAAUAUCUGAGCCCAAACUCGUCGCGGAAGCGGGGCGAGAAUCCGACAGCAGGGUGUCGUCGGGUCGGCUUCGUCGCUCUCCAUCUCCCAAGGAAAUGUCACCAGAUUCACUCUCGAGCUUGCCCAAGCCCAGGGCCCCUAGCCAUGGCCUACAACAGCCUCUCAUGUUUCACCCGGGUUCAACAUCGGAACCAAGCCACCAACGACCACGAUUGGAACGACAGAAUUCCAGCACUCUGAAGCCCGCCGACUCCACUCCGGUGCUAGUGCAAUUGGGUAACGUUUUGCAAUUAGGAAACGCUUCCGGGCAAGUUGCAGAAGCUCCUCCCCAGGAGACCGACGAGGCAGCGGUGUCCCACAUGCUGGCGGAGCGCAGACGAAGAAUUAAACAGAAUGAGAAUUUCUCUCAGCUGAAAGCUCUGAUCCCGAGUGCUACCAAGAUGGAUAAAGCAACGGUGCUGGCUGAAACCAUAGUUUAUAUUAAUAGUCUGAAGGCGCGCCUCGAAGCUUUGGAGCAGUGCAAUCAAUCGCUGAAAUUUUUGAUCGGAGAUCGGGCGACGGACAUAGCCGGGCCCUCGAAUGCACCCGCCAUCCGGCUUCCCACUCCUCCUGUGCCGAGUUCACGAGAGCCGGAAAGGGUGGAGGUGACUCCUGACGGAGAAGGAAACUUGAGAAUCGAGAUAAGGAGCCCAUGUGCUCAACCAGAGAAUGCGAUCCAUAUACUGACAUCUCUGAAACAGAUGCAACUCAGAGUCCUAAGUUCCCAGAUGUCUAUUGAUGAUAAUAGGAUCACUGCGACUUUUGUAGUUAAGGUACGUCAGACUGGCUACGGCAUGGACAUUGCACUCAUCUGUCUUAUGAUUCAUAACGCUAAGAUUCCGAUUCAAUGGAAUGAUUCCUUGUCUUUCACGAUUUUCACCAGACUCGUGUGUGUGUGUGUGUGUGUGUUUGGUAGCACCUGUUUUUGGUACCCGUUGCGCAUUAUAGACCUGGACAGUAGCUCUCUUUGCCAUCCAUACGCUGCCGGCAGGCACCCUUGACGUGUUAGACUCCAGUAUGAUCUCGUUAGCCGUACAGGCUCGUUCAAGUAAUCAAGCUUCUGCAGUUCGUCCCCUAGGUGCCCCGGACAGACGAACCAGCGCAGAAGUGAGUUCUGCGGACGUAGCUAAGACGUUUUGACAUCGGUUUGUGCAGAUGAAAAGAAAGAAUUCGACUGGCCAAAACGAAGUCUGUGCAAAUGUGACAAGCGAACUCAGAAAAUGCUUAGGGCUUUAAGUCUGAGCUCUCGUCGACAAAUAUUUACCUCUCAGUGCACUUAGAGCCGAAGGAAAGAUGUACAAAGUAUCCUCUUUUUUCUUAGUUUCUUUUCCCUACCGAUGGUGUAAGAAUUUCAAGCUCUGGUCGUAGCAGAGACACUCAGGCUCCUUUGCUUGUAAGAUAGCAACAAUCGAAGUCGAUCUCGCCGGCAUCAUCUCGUUCUUCCCUAGUGUACAUACGACCUAGGAUCAAAGCUUUUAGAGAUGACUGUCGUGCUGCCCGCCCCGAAAGAAAGAAUCGAGGAAAGAGACAGCUCAACUUCAACUUCACCCAUUCAUUGAUCUGGUCUGAUCACACAUGCACUCAUGAAGAUUUUGAUCUCGUAUCAGUUUUGAGCUCUUCGAUCGUAGACAGACUGAUCCCCUAUUUGUUUCUGUAGUGCAGCCAAAUAAAAAGUGGGCCUCGAAUGUACACAUAUUUGCCGCUGGCAUACCAUAUAAGUGAAACUUUGAAACUUUUUA